GCUCAGUUUAGCCGGAGUGCUUCAAACUGUCUCUACCUUUGUCUCUGACAACGCCGCGUCACUUUGAUGGGGAAUUCGAUAUCAGGGCGGGAAAAUGCCUGUUAUGAAGGGAUUGCUCGCGCCACAGAACACAUUUUUGGAUACUAUAGCGACGCGUUUUGACGGCACACACAGCAACUUCAUCCUGGCUAAUGCACAAGUGUCCAAAGGCUUCCCAAUCGUGUACUGCUCAGAUGGAUUCUGUGAGCUUACUGGAUUUGCCCGAACCGAGGUCAUGCAGCAGAGCUGCGCAUGUAAGUUUCUGUAUGGGCCAGAGACUAGUGAGCACAUCAUUCUUCACGUGGACUCUGCACUCGAAGAACGUAGCGAGCUCAAGGAGGAGAUAAUGUUCUACAAAAAGAAUGGUAGUGUGUUCUGGUGUCUGCUGGAUAUUGUGCCUAUCAAGAAUGAGAAAGGAGAUGUGGUCCUUUUCCUUGCCUCUUUUAAAGACGUCACUGACACCAAAGCCAAAUCUAUACUUGAGGAGAAGAAAGAAGAGUGCCGCCGUGAGAAGGUCAAGGGCGGGUCUCCGUUCGGCUCCACGCGGCUGCGAUCUAGCACAGUUCUGUACCAUAUUUCAGGACACCUGCACAACCGUCAAAAACAAAGUAAAAUCAAACUUAACAAGAAUGUGUUUGGUGAUCCACCUGCUCUUCCUGAAUAUAAAGUUGCUGAUGCCAAGAAGUCCAAGUUCAUUCUUCUUCACUUCAGCACCUUCAAAGCGGGCUGGGAUUGGCUGAUCCUUCUGGCUACGUUCUAUGUCGCUGUGACGGUGCCGUAUAAUGUUUGUUUUAUUGGUGAUCAAGACUUGACACGGAGCACCACUGUCACUGACAUUGCCGUCGAGAUUCUAUUCAUCAUUGACAUUGUGUUCAGUUUCCGUACUACGUACGUGAGUAAGUCAGGGCAGGUGAUCUUCGAUGCGCGGCAGAUCUGCAUCCAUUACAUGACCACCUGGUUCAUCAUCGACCUGGUUGCCGCUCUGCCUUUUGAUCUCCUUUACGCUUUCAAAGUCAGUGUGGUGUCAGUGGUCCAUCUGCUAAAGACCGUACGCCUGCUGAGACUCUUGCGUCUGCUGCAGAAGAUGGACCGCUACUCCCAGCACAGUACGGUGGUGCUGACCCUGCUCAUGUCCAUGUUUGCACUGCUGGCGCACUGGAUGGCCUGCAUCUGGUACAUCAUUGGCAAGAAGGAGGUGGAGAGCAAUGCAGACACCUGGGACAUUGGUUGGCUGCAUGAGCUUGGGAAGCGCUUGGAGUCUCCAUACGAGGGGGUGAGCACGGGAGCGGUCAACAGAACGCUGAGCAGCGGACCGUCUUUGCGGAGCAUCUACAUCGCAGCGCUGUACUUCACCCUCAGCAGCCUGACCAGCGUGGGCUUUGGAAAUGUCUCUGCCAACACAGACGCAGAGAAGAUCUUCUCCAUCUGCACCAUGCUCAUCGGAGCGCUGAUGCACGCUCUGGUCUUUGGCAACGUGACGGCCAUCAUCCAACGCAUGUACUCGCGCUGGUCCUCUUACCACACACGCACUAAAGACCUGAAGGACUUCAUCCGUGUGCACCACCUGCCUCAGACCCUCAAACAGCGCAUGCUGGAGUACUUCCAGACCACCUGGUCUGUCAACAACGGCAUCGACUCCAAUGAGCUCUUAAAAGACUUUCCAGAUGAGCUGCGUUCAGACAUCGCGAUGCAUCUGAAUAAAGAGAUCCUGGAGCUGUCCGUCUUCUCCUCUCUGAGCCGUGGAUGUCUCCGCUCUCUCUCCCUGCACAUAAAGACGUCGUUUUGUGCGCCGGGCGAGUACCUUCUUCGUCAGGGAGAUGCUUUACAGGCCCUUUUCUUUGUCUGCUCCGGCUCCAUGGAGGUGCUAAAGGACAGCAUGGUGCUAGCCAUCCUCGGUAAAGGCGACCUGAUUGGUGCAAACAUGUCGGUUGACGACCGCGUGAUAAAGACGAACGCUGACGUGAAGGCGCUGACGUACUGCGACCUGCAGUGCAUUAAUCUGAGGGGUCUGUAUGAGGUGCUAGACCUGUAUCCUGAAUACUCCCACCGUUUUGUGCAGGACAUAACACACGACCUCACCUACAACCUGAGAGAGGGACAAGAGAGCCAUGUCAUAUCCAGGAUGUCCAGUAAGUCCAUGGACACACAGAUGGAGGGGAGGGGAAAUGGAGACGUGAUCCAGUGCUAUCCACCAAUAACUGAGCAUCAAGACGAGGGAGAUGAUGAUGAUGAAGAUGAUCAGAUACAGUAUCUCAGCGGUGGAACCAAACAGAAAAUGCAUAUGCAGAAAAAUGACCACCAAACAAACAAAAAGCUCCACAUUCAGCAUACCACUGUCACAAAGCCUGACCUCGCAAAUCUCAGCCCAAGGGUCGUCGACGGCACAGAGGACAGUGAUGGUACAGAAAAUUCACACACAUUUGUAUUUUCCUCUGGUCAUCAGCACACCAGUGGUGCAACUAAUACCACUGCCACCACAGCAGAAUUAGCAGCUAAAUCAGAAGACACCAGAGGACAGCUACGCCACCUUAACCAAGAGGUGAACUCUCUCGGACGGGAAGUGGCUGAGCUGGGACGAGUCAUGCGGAGUCUUGCCUUUCUCAUCGAAUCCAUGAUGGCCUCUCCUCAAACACCAGGUGUCUGUACAUCCACUUUUACCUCGGGACAUCCAUCACCUCCCGUCCCCUUCCAGAGCCAGGGUUCUUCCUGGACCAGCCCUCCUUUUCCCUCACCGAUGCACCCUGGAAUACGUCCGGGAGGACUUGUAUCCCAUCCGCUCAGACCACAAGAACUGCAGCUGGUCUGCCCCACCAUGUCUCCUGGUUCCUUUACAAUCCCACUUUCCUCAUCCCCCCACACAAACAGAUUCAGAGAGCCAUUACUGACCCUUUCUCCGCACAGCGUGGUCGCUCGGACCCGCUCGCAGAGCCUGGAGACGCCUCUCCUGCAACAUCACCAACACAUCUCACACGCCCCUGGAACUUUACCCAGAGCUGGACAGCCUUCACUGGGACAAGGGGAGGAUCUCAGGUCCCUGGGUUUGUAGCACUCAACCUUUAAAACAGACAAGUUCCACUGGAAUCUGCGUGUUAACCUGGACUCAGGACUGGACUGAUCAGAUAAGUGGUACACGCGCUGCCAAAGCCAUAGAGCAAUGGUUCCUUCGAAGAUAUACGAAUCUUACAUCUCAGUUUUUAAGAUAAUCUCUCUAACGGCAUGUCUUUCAAUGCUAGAAACUAAAGGGAUAUCUCUAAUCAGUUGGAGUUCCAACACAGUUUAGACAGUUUAACCUACCAAAACUAAAACAAACUCUUUCAAAUUCAACCCACAUUUCAUAUCCAUUCAUUAUAUGUCUAAAUACUGUUUAUAUUAAGCCAAACUUCAGUUGGCAGUUGCAUAAACAACCACUAUAUUAAAAGCAUAGUUCACCCAAAAAUGAAAUGUCAGUCAUUAAUUACUCACCCUCCAUGUUGUUCCAAAACCAUAAGACCUUUGUUCAUCUUCAGAACACAAAUUAAGCUUUUUAAUGAAAUCUGAGAGUUUUCUGACCCUACCAUGUUCAAGCAGGGCUCUGAACUAGGGUUGUCAAAAGGUACUGGGUUCGCUACUUUCGGUACUGAAAUUUUAAAAACAUCCAUUUCCUGCUCACAUGUUGAGCCGAUUUUGAAACAUCGCUGAUUGGCCAUAGUGUUCACGCGCUCAACAGACAUGACUGUGAUUGGCUACAAUGAUAAGCACUUCACGCUCCUCACUGAGCGCUCACACAUAAGCACGACAGGAGCUUUUGAAAGCCGCGUCUUUUAAUUAUUAUUAUUAUUAUUAUAUUGUUGUAAUAAUAGGGCCCUGUGAUUUUUGCGAAGCGGAAAACGUAGACGGAAUCGCGGAAUCCAGUAAUAAAAACAGAAUUUACAGUUUGACAUGGAAUGCCACGGAAUUUGUCAAAGUUUGGCUGAAUUAAUCAAAAGUAGGUCAUUACACUUAAAUUAAAUCGCAAUAUGGACUAAUAUUUGUAAUUAUUAAACCGCAAAACGACUAUUUACGUAUGAAUUAUGUGCGUCUCUGUGUUAAUGAAUGGCGCAGGCGCUUGUUCAGCAGAAUUAAAACCUUAUUUUUAAGAUAUAAUCAUAUAUUUCUUGUGUUUUAGUUUAGUUUAGUGUUUUAAUUGUAAUAGUAAAUCCCCUUUGUUUACCAAAAAAUAAAAUUUGUUAAAUUUUAAUUAAUUAAAAGAUAAAUGAAAUUAAUUCUUUAUCUGUUCAUUUUAUAACCAGAAAAAUGCAAAUACACAACAGAAUUUCUGAGAAAAAUAAACAUUUCAUAAGGCUAUUGUAAGAAUAAGUGUAACUUGUUUUUAUGCAUUCAAAUAAUUAGACAUGCCAGAACACAGAAUUUGGUAACAAUAGAACAUAAGGUGGGCAAAAAUAAAACAUUUCAUAGGGCCCUAAACAUGAAUUUUGGUUAAACUUUUUUCUUAAAGUUUCAUGAUUUUAAUUAAUUAGACAUGUUUUUUAAAUAAAGAUUUCAUAGGGCCCUAUAAUAACACCUGUGUAAUAACGCCUAAUGCGUUACUAAAUUAUCAACCGGUAUUUUUUCAACUGAAACCGGUUUUGGAACCAUAAUAAUACAGAAGGAUUGCAAAAACAGAAAUGUUAUAAUACUGAUUCUGCUUCGAGUGAACCGAUUUAAUUAUUUAGUUAUUUAUUUAUUUUUUAAGAAACCCAGGCUUUCUGACAUUGCUACGCCUUGUUCACAAGCAGAGGAAUAGACAUGUGUGUGUGGUACUGUUGUUUUCUUUGUGCACAAAAACAUAUUCUUGUAGUUUCAUAAAAGUACAGUUGAACCACUGAUGUCACAUGGACUAUUUUAACAAUGUCCUUACUACCUUUCUAGGCCUUAAAUGUGGUAGUUGCGUUGCUGUUUAUGCAGGGUAAGAAAGCUUUUGGAUUUCAUCAAAAAUAUCUUAAUUUGUGUUACGAAAAUGAGCAAAGAUCUUAUGGUUUUGGAACCACAUGAGGCUGAAUAAUUAAUGACAGAAUUUUCAUUUUUAGGUGAACUGUCACUUUAAGACUGUGUCUCAACUGACUAGCAGUUAAUCAGUAGAAGGGUAAUCAGUCUUGCUUUUUGGAUUCAAAUUAGACCAGUUUACCUUUUUAUGCAACUGACUUCAAAAAAGAUCCAUCAAAGUUUUACUAAACUUUUAAUUCAUCCUAACCAUUGAUGCCUCACAAAAGUUUUGUGCAAUAAAAAGUUACACUUUAUCAACAGCAUCUGGAACAUGCUACCAGUUAUCAGCCCCCCCAGGUUCUAAACUGCAAUUAUAUUAAUGCAAAUCCAAUGGCUUUCUAUGAAAUAAACACUAAAAUGCACACCAUUUUUUCUGGAAUCUUGUCCAGAAGUUUCCAUAAUGUCACUAUCCUCAUAGCACCGGUUAUAAGGAGGAAACUUCAGUUACAUACGAGAAUUAUGUUGGUAACAUAAUCAGAUGUUAACUGACCUAAAGCUAUAGUUAUUGAAAAAUAAGCUCAUUUUCGUCUUUGAAAAUGAGCCUGUUUUCAACUUGGAACAUUCCUUCACAUACUGAACUUCCAAGAAUUUUCUGGAAAAAUCAUGACUGAAAAGAUGGGAGUAAAUUUCACAGGUUGAGUAAAAAGAGUGAGCCAACUGAUUUAAUUAAAAAAAAAUCAGCUCUUUAAUCAGAUGCUUCAAAGUGUGAAUUUUUCUAAUCAAGCUUUGCAGUGCUUGAUAACUGACUUUGUCCUAUAAUUUAGUCAGAUUAGCCCUUUAUGGUGUAAAAAUGCACUGUUUUAAAUAGGUAUGUUUAACUAUUUAUCUAGUUGAUGAGUCUGAACAACUAGUCGGUAUUAAGUAAGCAUUGCAUAAUUAAUAAUAGUCAUGUCAUUUCCACUGAAUACUAAUCAGACUAGUUAGGCAUAUAAGAUGCUUAAAAAACUGUCAGCAGUAAGCUGACAGAUAUUCAGUAAAUAAGCUAAAUAACUAACCUUUAAUUGCACAAAACUACUAUAGUCCUCACAUAAAAGAAAGAUGGAUUAUGCAUAAUAACGGGAACAUUGCUCACAGCGGGCGAUCUGAAGUUUGACAGUAAUUGUCUUGGAAUUUAUUGUUGAAGGUUGUGAAUUUGUUACAAAAGCAGUGCUUUGAUGACUAUAGCGACAAGGUUUUAAAGGGGAUGAAUUUAGAAACUUCUUAGAGAGAUUUUAUGGCUGUAUGCAGGACAGGUAACUUAUUAGACUUUUUGCAUGCUAAUUUACAGCAUGAUGACAGCAUGCUAAAAGCCUCUGAGAAAGCUGCAUCCCCUUUCAAACGCCAACACUAAUGCUAAGCACAGAAACUGGUAACACUUUACAAUAAGGUUUGGCAAAAGUAGUUCAUGCAUUUGGUAUUAUAAACUAAUUCUGACAGCAUAUUUAUUAAUGUUCAUUUAUAUAUUAAAUUAUUUUUUUGAGAUUUUGUGACAGUGUUGUUGAUGCCAAUUUAAAACUAUUAAAAAAUGCUUUUGAUAAUUGAAAUAAAGCUGUAAUUGAAUAAAUAUAAAUAUUAGAUAUAAAUAUUAGAUGAAAAUGUUAACAAUUAGAAAAAACUGAAAUGAAAUGAAGUUGAAGUAUUAAAAUGACUAGAACUAAAUAACAACAUUACUAAAACUUGAAAAUUAAAGUAAAAAAUAAUUAAAAGCUAAAUUCUAAAUUUAAAAAAGAACCUAUUAAAAAUGUCAAAUUUCUAAACCUUUUGCAAACCAUUGCAAAUGACUAAAACCUAAUCUAAAAUGAAAAUGAAAAUAUAAAAAUAAAAGCUAAUUCAUAUAAACUUUAUUUAAUCGCAGAAUUAAAACAAUAAAAUAAAAUAAAAAUGACAGAAGCACAUAAUAACAUUACUAAAGCUUAAAAUUCUAAAAAGACCCUAAUACAAACAAACAAACAAACAAAAAAAUAUAUUAUGAAAACAUUAUAAAAACAUUAUGAAAACUUAAACAAAAAUUAAUAUGUAAAACUAAAAAAACGUUAAAUAAAAGCAAUUAAAAUUCUAAAUAAAUAAAAAAGAUCCAAAUGCAAAUGACAAAAAGUCAGUAACAAAUUAAAAUGAAAAUAAAAAAAUUCUUAAUAUUUGGAAAACGAAAACAAUAAAAAUUAAAAAAAAAUGUUCAUAAGAACAUUACUAAAACUUAAACAAAAAUUUAGAUGAAAAGCUAAAAUAAAAUAAAAGUCUAAAUUCUUAAUAUAAAAAAACAAUAAAAUUGACAAAAGCACAUAGUCAAAUUACUAAUUAACUACUAAUUAACUUGAAAGUUAAUAUGAAAAAUGAAAGAAAAAAAAAACAAUAAUAAAUAAAAAUAUGAAAUAGAACCUAAUACAAAUUACAAAAAGCCUAUAACAACAUUAAAAUGAAAUGAUUCUUAAUAUUAAAAAAACCCAAAACAAAAAAAUGAAAAAAGCCUUUAUAUAUAUAAAGGUAAAAUUCUAAAUAUGAAACAGAACCUAAUACAAAUCACAAAAAACCCAAACAAAAUGACUAAAACCUAAACUAAAAUGAAAAUAUAAUAUAAGGCCAAUUUAAAAAAUUUUAGAAACACUAUAAUAGUAUCUGAAUCAUACUAAAAUAACACUUACACUGUCACAUCACAUUGGUUAGUCAUUUGCUGCUCAUAUGACCAGAAACUGAAAUGACUUCAGUUGGCUUCAGAUCACUUGCAGUGUGAACGUCCCAUAAACUCCUUCAUUAUCAACUUCAUUAAGACCAGAUUGAUUGUUUGCUUUACAUUUAAGCUAAUAUAAAGCACAACUGCUUGCUGUAAAGCAUCACUCGAAAGUUUUCCAAGAUAUCCCUUUGGUUUCUUUCUUUUUGUUGUUUUUAAUUGCAUGACUUGUGAAGAGGGUGGAGAGUAUACCCUUGCAGUAGGUUGUAGAGAUGCCAUGUAGGGUUGUGCAGUAGACACCAUAGCAGCAUGAAGGUCAUCUUGACACACACUGUCUCUCUUUUCUCCUCUGCUUGGCCCUCAGGGCAGGAGGGAGGAACAGCAGGGACGAGUCUUACACAAUGUGCGGACGCUGUAUGCGAGUGCAUGUACUUGAAUAUGCGUGCGAGCGCGUUUGGGGGGGGGAACGGGGUUAUAAUACUGUAGCCGAGUACUAAAGGGGUAUUUGCGACAAGGA